AUGGCAGCCCACAACGAGGAAGUCAUCCAUGUUGACGAGGAUGACUCGUUUGAGGAUGAGACGUACGGCUCCUUGUCCGAUGAUGCGAGCAGCUAUCUGACCUCUAUCUCGUCGCACAUCCGUAAUGGCAUUGAGGAAAAUGGCCGGCAGUACCCCGCCUACGGCAGAAACAUGUACGGCCUCCCCAUCGACGAAAGGGAGCAGGAGCGCAACAACAUCCAGCACAUCAAGUUUCGCCUCAUUAUCGGCGGGUUACUCCACCGCGCUCCGAUGCCCCCGGCCCCGGCGAGGAUAUUGGAUUUGGGCACCGGGUCGGGCAUCUGGGCGAUAGAAGCCGCCGACCGGUACGAAACUGCCGUCGUGACGGGCGUGGACAUCGCGCCCGUGCAGCCCGAAUGGGUGCCCCCAAACUGCCAAUUCGAGGUCCAGGAUAUCGAGGACGAGUGGCUUUUCCCUGCCAACAACUUCGACUUUAUACAUGCUCGCGAGCUCAUCAUGGCCAUUCGCGACUGGGACCGGCUGUUCAGGCAGGCAUUCCAUCACCUUCGGCCGGGUGCCUACAUGGAAAUCGGGGGCAUGUACCCGACGCCUACCUCCGACGACGGCACGCUGCCGGCCAACUCGCACCUGAAGGAAGUCGAAAGACUGUUCUUCGAGAUGGCCGAGGCGAUGGGUACACCCUUGAACGCGCCGCUCCUGUGGAAGGCGCAGAUGGAGCGCGCCGGCUUCGUCGACGUCACAGAGUCCAUUUACAAGGUCCCCCAGGGCAUCUGGCCGCGAGAUGCUCGGCUCAAGGACAUCGGCGCCUACGAGAACUUCAGCCUCAGGAACGGGCUGGACGCCUACUUGCUCCGCGGGUACACCACCCUGCUCGGCGGCAAUCCUGACGAACUUCAAAUCCUGAUCGCCGAGACGAAACGCGAACUGCGAAAUCCAAAAAUGCACAGUUAUGUCCUCUACUACAAUGUCUAUGGGAGGAAACCUGGUCCUGUGUAG